AUGAUCAAGCCUGCUCUCGAUCACAUGCCUCCAGAGAUUCUGGCCGACAUAUGUUGGUAUCUCUGCAGUCACUGCACAAAUGAUCAUCUGAGUCACUAUCCCCAGCCAAACUCACUCACAACUCCUAAGCCCGGAAAACUAUGGGGAAAGCCAUUUGCUGAGGACACCACCGGCCUUCUUAGCCUUGCUUGCACUUGUCGGGUCCUGAACAAGGCUGCGACGCCAUAUAUCUACCACAACAUCGACGCAAGAGGAUGGCCAGAGGAGAAGAUCACUGAAUUCCUUAGGGAUCGCCGCCAGCUGCAGGAGAGAUCUUUCGUCCGACGUCUCACGUAUGAGGUCGACCCGUUCCCCUUGUACACUCUACUAUGCAGGAUGCCUGGUCUCCAGCUACUCUCCUUGGUAGACCGUGGUAACUCCUUCGGUCAGACACUCGCAAGCAAAGCCCAGAAAAAGCUGCAUGAUCUGCGAUAUCUGCACCUCAAAAACACACAUAUCAAGGCCGUCCGUGACCUAAGCACACUGGAGAACUUGUUCGAAAUGGCACCAAACAUCAAGACACUUGUCAUCGAGUCCCAUCAUCUUGAGUGGAAGACGGACCCAGAGGACCCUCCUAUGAUGCCGCUCGCAAACCUCACUUGUCUGAAGCUCUUCAACGUAAGUGUCGACCCGAGCAUUAUAGAAGGGAUCCUCGAGAAAUGCGGCCCUCUUGAGUCAUUCAUAUACAUAUGCCAGCCAGCAUGGUCUGUAACGCCCUCAAACCUCCUGUUCGCACUCGACAAAUCCUCUUCGACCUUGCGUUACCUAGAAUGCUGCUGGCACUCAAUAAAUAGUGCGCCUAUGCUAUCCUUACUCCUCCGUUCGCUCGAGACGUUUGAAAGACUACGGACGUUGGUUCUUGGUGGGGAUUCCCUUUUUAUUGGAAUAUCCUGCGAGGAUGAGGCCACCCAUACCUUCACAGUAAAGACCCUUGACCCGGCAAGUCUGGUCGAGCUUCUGCCCGCCUCUAUUGUUGAGGUUCGGAUCGACUCGAAACACCUCCACGGUGGUAUGUACAAACCUAUGGUAGCACUGGGCCAGGCAAAACAAGCUGGAUCGUUUCCAGAACUUCGGUCCUUCUUGCAGAGUAACUUCGAUGUUUCCGUAGUUCCUUACACCUUGAGAGACCUCAGCGAACUAUCUGAGAGAUACGGGAUCUCGUUCCAACAAGAGACUGGGCCUAUAUUCCUACCGCCUGUGGCCUGUCCUCGAAGGGCCGUUAUUCGGCCGGGCAGGAUGCGAAGGCGCCCGGCGGCACUGCAUCCACAUGCACCGUAG